GCCGCCGCCCAGAAGCUCCUGGACUCUGACUCCAUGUCACCGGAUCUCUCCCCGUUUGGUCUGCCUUCGGACGGCGUGGAGGAGCGGAGGCGGAGUCAGGCGCUGGUGGGCGUGUCCGACGUGGAGGCGAACCUGUCGGAGGAGAAGCUGCUGCAGGUGGACAUGCCGGAGGGGGGGAAGGUCCUCCAUCCUCUCCUGGCUCGCUCCUUCUCCUCCAGGACCCGGCGAAGCAGCCAGGUCUCCUCCGUCUUCAACUUCCGCCUGAGGAGCCGGGGGUCCGAGGGCGAGAUGGCCGACGACGAGUACAGCGUCCCGGGCGACGUGGUGGAGGGCGUCGGGGGCCGCACCUACAGCGGCGGCACCUUCGGCGGCACGCUGCCCCAACCGUGGCCCAAACGGAGGCCCAGCACCUACAGCAACGCCAGCAGGAGCUCCCAGGUGUUCUAUCCGACUCUAAAUGUCAACGGGAAGCUGUUUGUCGCCAUGGACCAGAACGGGGUUUCCCCGCCUACGCUGCAGGGGCUAGCUGCCUGUCCCAUGGAGAAGGUCAAGGAGGAGAGUGUGCGUACCGUGUGUGUGUGUCUGUGUGUGUGUGUGUGUGUGUGUGUGUGCGUGUGUGUGUGUGUGUGUAAACAAUGGUGAAGUCUGCAGCCGUUCAACACUCAUGUGAAGUAUGAAUCAGCGCUUUGCGUAACUCCACUCUGAUAUCAUGGGCUACACACACACACACACACACACACACAUCUCUACCAUCUCAGAUAACACACUGAGGUAUUCCCCACAUCUCUACACACACACACACACACACACGUGGUGUCACUGCGAUGGCAUCAGGGGAUUAAGACACACAUUGCAGCACGCAAUGAGGUGUCCUGCACACACACACACACACACACACACAUCUAAUGGCUGCAGGCCAAAGGACCAAAAAUGUUAAUGGACCUUCUGGCCAACUACAAAAUGUCUGUCAAAGAGACACACACCAACCAAUACACAAACCACACAAAGAGAGACAGGAUACACAACAUAAAGCGCUGAGUUCAUUCUGAUACGUCACAGUCGCCUCCAUCGAGCAUCAGCAGAUGUAGGUUUUAUUCACCUCCAUCUGCUGGACCCCCGUACUUGUAUGCGAGCAGGAGGAGGAGGAGGAGGAAACACGGACGGAGAAGAGGAGGAACGAGGAGGAGUAGGACACAUAAGAGAAAGACAAAGAGGAGGAGAAGAACAAUGUAAUAUUCAGAGGAGUUUUUGUCUGCUCCUCAGACUGAUGAGAGACGAGUGGGAGGACAAGGGAGCGCUUCGUCGCCAUGGAAAUGUUGCCACGGCGAUCUGAAGCCGGGCUUCUGUGUGUGUGUGUGUGUGUGUGUGUG